UUCUCUUUUCUGUAAUGGAAAUUAAAAAUAGCUUCAAUAAAGCACACAUCAAUGGAAGACAAAAGAAGAAUCUUUUGCAUGUAAUAUAUAGCCAACAAACAGUUCAAGGACAUGUGAACCCCCUAAUGCAGUUUUCUCUUCUUUUGGCCAAACAUGGUUGCAAGGUCACUUUUGUCCACACAGAGUUCAGCCACAGACGAGCCAAUACAGCAGGUGGUGACAACAUGGAGGAGGCACUGGUAGAGGUGGUGACUCUCCCUGAUGGUUUGGACCCUCAGGAUGACAGAAGCGAUGUGGCCAAACUUUUUGUUUCAAUGAAAACCAUCAUGCCUGCUCUGCUUCCAAAGCUCAUACAAGACAUUGAUGCCUCCGAUGUUGAGAACAAGAUAACAUGUAUAAUUGUUACCAUAAAUAUGGGUUGGGCUUUGGAAGUAGGAAAUAAAAUGGGAAUCAAAGGGGCUCUUCUCAGUCCACCAUCUGCAACUUCCUUGGCUUUUGCUGCCUGCAUCCCAAACCUUAUUCAAGAUGGCAUUAUUGAUUCUCAUGGACUUCCCACCGAAAACCAAGAAAUUCAACUCUCUUCGAAUAUGCCCAUGAUGGACACUGCAUACUUUCCAUGGCGUGGCUUUAAUAAGAUCUUCUUUGAGCAUUUUAUGCAAGAGAUGCAAACUUUGAAGUUAGGAGAGUGGUGGCUUUGCAACACUACCUAUGAUCUUGAACCGGCAGCAUUUUCCAUAUCACCGAA